AUGUACUACGCAAUCCAGAAGUGCCUUCGAAGCGAAGAAGGAACAAAGGAAGGAGAGGGGGCUUUGUGCUGUUGGAUGUUUCUGUCAUCCCACAAGACCUUCAAGAUCAAACGCUUCCUUGCAAAGAAGCAGAAGCAGAACCGGCCGAUUCCGCAGUGGAUUCGCAUGAAAACGGGCAAUAAAAUCAGGUACAACUCCAAAAGGAGGCACUGGAGAAGGACCAAACUGGGCUUGUAAAGAGAAACCAUCUCCUGGGAACUCUAAUAACACUUGUCUUUCUGCAUCAGAUGGGUGCAGCCCGUACGCUGCUUGGCAACCCCCCGUGAUUCCUUCUGUAGUGUUGGACUGCAAUCCCCAG